UAUCGACGAUUGAGUCUUAAGUGAUUUUACCGAUCUUCGAUAUUUACGGGUAAUAUGAUAAUUAGAAAGCAUUUAAAGAGAUGGCGCGAGGUUGAGGUUGAUUGCAGUUGAUUGGCCGCUGGCGACGUAAUUCCUUCCGAUACGGUUGGAUGCAAAGAUUCAAACGGUUGUCAAACACAAUACCAUUGAAAGUAGCACGCUGCGAGACGCGGGAGAAGCUGUUUAGUUCUGACGUGAUGUGUGAGAAACGAUCGGGAACUCUUUAACUGAAACUGAACCGAGAAAGAGUCGAAAGAGAAGGCCAGGCGAGAAGCCUGAUAACAAAGGAAGAUGAGCGUUAUUACCGGUAAAUUGCUCUACAACAAGCUACGCGGGCUACGUCCGGAUCUGUCAUCGGGGACCACGUCCGAGAUCUUGAGCAGGAUCUGCGACGAACCGAGCACGCAACCUUUUCUGGAAUGGUUUUGCAAGAACGUGAGCAGCGCCAAUGUUCUCUCUAACGAGGAGAUAAAAUUAAAAAAUACAUUGGAAGACGCGGGCGAGCGGUUAAAGGACGAAGUGUUGGACGCCGCGUUGGAAGAGGCCACCAAAGAUUGCCCAGACUUGUUGCAGCUUGUCAGCCUGGACGAUACACGUCGGGAGGAUCUAUUUGUGGAAUACGAAGCGUUGAAGGAAAGCUGCAGAGAAGACGAGGAGUAUCUUCAGUCGUUGAGACACAGUAUAAAAGUUAUAAAAGAGGUCGAGAACAAGCUGGAUGACGACAUCGAAGAAGCAGAAAUCAUGCUGAAUAAAGAGCAGAUUGAAACGGAAAAGGCAUAUGACGAUUGCAGCGUUAUGCUGAAGGAAUUUGAUAAAGAUAAUUGUCAGUUUUCUAAGGAUAUCGAGAGUCUUCUGAAUGUGUAUGCCGAUGCGGCUAAGAAUCAAGGCAGCGCGGUGUUAUGGUCACAAAUGCCUGUUGACCUGUUUAUCAAGCAAAUAGAACUCUACAAUCACUAUCUGGGUAUUCACAUAAAGAAGCAGUUUGGAACUAGUGCCAACAAGGUAGAGCAAGAAGAGGAUUCAGAUUACGGAUCUCUAAUAAGUGACAACAGGGACAAGCAGAUGGACGAGAGGAUGCAAGAAUUGUUCUUGUGUAAGACAAACUUAUCCAAUUCUAAAUUGGAACAGAUUAAUGCUAGUGUUCAAGAAAAAAUUGACAUGGAAAUGUUACAAUGCGUACAAGAUAUCUACAAUGGUGGAGUUUUGAAAGUGCCCGGGGAUAGUAAAUUGCAUGACGAGAUACAAACGUUAACCGUGAAAAGGGAUAUCUUGGAGCAGAAUGUUGAGUUUUUGCGGGACCAACAGUUGCCGGAGGUAGUGCAAUAUGCGGAAACGGAGACAAUAAAGAUCUUGAAGAACGACGCACUCGCCCGUCUCGAACGGAGGAAAGCUCGUCUCGAGAACCUCAAGAAUUUACAUUCUCUCGCAGGAGAGCAUGGACAUGUUCAUGUGGACUUGCUGUGCAUGUUAAUGGAAAUGCAAUUUCGCUGCCUGCGCGAGGUUGCUGAAUUCAUCGCUGAUGCUCGUCAUUACAUUAUCACGGAAUACAAGCUCUCUUCUGCAAGAUGCGAAGUUAUGCAGCAAGAACAGGACAAGUAUGCGGCUCUCGUGACGCAAUCUCCAAAAACGUACAAUGCAUUUAAUCAAAUAUUUAUGUCCAUGAUGCUCGGUGAUGAUAUCUCAGAUGAGUCGCUCUCUACCGCAUUGAAAAAAUACAAUGACUUGAUAACCGACAACGCGGAGAAGAAGAAAUCAAUGUUGGAAACAUAUCUGACUAAUAAAAUCGACAAAUUACAGAAAUUAGAGAACGAAAUCGAUAAAGAUUACACGGCUGAGACACAAAAUGGACCGACAAUCAGCCUCAGGCCAAUUUCAUACGAAAUAAGUUCCAAGUGCGAGGAAACAUCCGCGGUAGUUCAAGAGGUGCAAGGAGAAAUAACUAGGAUCAGGAAUCAAUUCAAAGAACGAAUGAGGAUGGACGCCAAUCUAGAGCGCGAGAAGGACAUUUUGUGGCAGAGGUUCUUGGCGAAGCCUGAUACAUUAAGAAUGAGAUACGAGGAAGCGAAACAAAAAGCGAAUGAGUCUCACUUUGGAGAUAGCAAAUCGAAUCGGUAAAUUAACCAAUUACAAACCAGUUGUGUAGAAUAAGAUAAGAAAUUUCGAUACUCCAAACACUCAUGUAUUUUUGUAUUUUUUUUUAAUCAAAAGAAUUAAAUGUAAUACUUGAUAAAAUACCAAGCCAUUCGUUUCCUCUGAACAUUACUCAACACAAAUACUAAAUAUCUAUCUCUAAACUAUCUGAAAUAAAUAAUGAUAAAAUGACAUGUAGAGGAAACGAAAAUAAAACUUCGGUGCAAUAUACAAACUAAAGAUUCGAUUCAUUGAAUUCUUUUGAAUUUAGAUCGAAUUCUUUCUUUAGCCUUGACCAACCAUAUUUUUAUUCUGUCCUGUAUGGGUAGUCUCCCCCCUUCUAAUGUGUAUUGUUUUAAGUUAUCAGAAGGGAAACCCGAUCGCGCCGCUGAGUUUUCGUGGACGUAAUACGCUCGGAGCAUUACGUGGACGCGAUAAUGAAUGAUUCGUCCCAAGGACGAGCGUGUGUGUGCGUGCACGCUGAGCGCACGCGCGUGUAAACACAACGAGGGAUGACGUAGAGGAGGUGCCCGAGUGUAACCUUGAUCCGCGCGCAUCGAUGUCCCCCUCUCCUCUCUCCUGCCCUGUUCUCUCAUCGACGUGCUGCCCCUCCGGCCUUCUCCUCGCUCUCUUCCCCUCUUUCUCGCGAUAUUUCGUUCAAAAUCGCCACGCUUCCGAGAGAGAUGAGAGAUCCGCGUGUAUGCACACAAAAGGAUCAUGAGCAAACGCUUCGUUUAUGAAAUUCGCGUCUCGAAGGCGUCUUAUCAGCCGUGGCGUGUUCCACGGAUAUACGACAAAGGCGUUUUCCGAUCGGCAGCGAUGCGUGCACGCUUUCUUAACCGAACAGAACGCGGCGAGCGUGGAGCGAGGAGAGCGGUGGGAGGGCGGGAGGCCGAGCGAGAGAGAGAACACGGAACGGGGUAGCGGCGAGGCGAGGAGUAUUAUCGAUUCGCCGGGGACCCGUGAGUUAACGGUUUGUUUACACGAGCCGGCGAG